AUGUUCGAGUUCUGGGAUUGGGUCGGUGGCCGUUACUCGCUCUGGUCUGCGAUCGGGCUCAGCAUCGCACUCCACAUCGGCUUCAAGAAUUUCGAGAAACUGCUCGAAGGCGCCUACCUGGCCGACAAGCAUUUCCAGGCGACACCUCUGGCUGAAAAUAUCCCUGUGCUCAUGGCCCUGCUUGGUGUGCUCUACAAUAACGUCUACAACGCUGAGACGCAUGCUCUCCUUCCCUACGAUCAAUACCUACACCGCUUCGCCGCCUACUUCCAGCAGGGUGACAUGGAAAGCAACGGCAAAUUUGUGACCAGGUCCGGAGCUCGCGUCGAUUACAGCACGGGUCCGAUCGUCUGGGGCGAGCCGGGCACCAACGGACAGCACGCCUUCUACCAACUUAUCCAUCAGGGCACUCGACUGAUCCCGUGCGACUUCAUUGCCCCUGUGAAGACUCUGAAUCCAAUCCGCGACGGGUUGCACCACAAUAUCCUGUUGGCGAAUUUCCUGGCCCAGACUGAAGCUUUGAUGACGGGAAAAUCCGCAGAACAGGCCGAGAGCGAAUUGCGUGCCGCAGGGAUGAACGACGAGAAGAUUGCCAAGAUUCGUCCCCACAAGGUCUUUGAAGGCAACCGUCCGACCACGUCGAUUAUGCUGCCCAUCGUUUCGCCAUUCACCCUAGGCGCUCUCAUCGCUCUCUACGAGCACAAGAUCCACGUUCAAGGUGUCAUCUGGGAUAUCAACAGCUACGACCAAUGGGGAGUUGAGCUGGGCAAGCAGCUAGCAAAAGUCAUCGAGCCGGAACUGAGCAGCCCAACCGUCAUUUCAACCCACGAUGGCAGCACCAAUGGGCUCAUCAAUUUCAUCAAAGUGAACCGAGCC